CGCCGAGGGCUUUCCGGCUCUGGAGUGGUGCGGACGUCGCGUCGUGUGCCCGCGCGGCCGCUUGGGGGCGCUCUUCCGGGCUUCAGGCUCUGUGCGGCGGGGCUGUGCAGCGGGACAGCGGGAGAGCCGCUCGCCGAGGCACCAUGGUCCACCUCACAACCGUUUUCUGCAAAGCCUACCACGGAGGCCACCUAACCAUACGCCUUGCUUUGGGUGGCUGCACCAACCGGCCUUUUUACCGCAUUGUGGCUGCUCACAACAAGUGCCCCAGGGAUGGCCGAUUUGUGGAGCAGUUGGGCUCCUAUGAUCCACUACCCAACAGUCACGGAGAAAAACUAGUUGCCCUCAACCUGGACCGGAUCCGGCAUUGGAUUGGCUGUGGGGCUCACCUCUCUAAGCCUAUGGAGAAACUUCUAGGUCUGUCUGGCUUUUUCCCCCUGCAUCCGAUGAUGAUCACCAAUGCUGAGAGACUACGGAGGAGGAGAGCACGAGAGGUCCUCUUAGCGUCUCAGAAAGCAGAGUCAGAGGCCAAAGAGACAGAAGCAAGCUGACUUCAGUGAACACUGCCCUGGCCGCAAAGUCAAGGGCCUGUGAAACUUGUGCAUAAAGUUUUGUGUUGGGUUUUAAGGAUCAAUAAAUGGAGUUUUCUAAGUCA